AUGGCCUCUAACAACCCCACCACCUCGUCCAUCUCGGGCCUUUUAUCUGGGUUCCCAUCCCAGCAUCUCUUCAUCACAUUAGCCAACGAGCUUGGGCAGCACUUUGGAAUCUCAGGCCUCAGAUUCUGAAAUCCAAACGGGUACAAUUAUUUAUUUAUUCACAACUCAAGAUGCUGAAAAUGGAAAGAAUACUACUGGGGAGAAUAGAAACUCACCUGUCGAACAACUGCUGAUGAAAUCUCUGAGAAGGUGAGAUCAGGGUAAGGCAUGUCACAGCAGUAUAUCUCCCACAGGCAGAUGCCAAAGCUAUAGACAUCACAUUUUCUGUUGUAUGGGUUGUCAUUGAGAACCUGAGAUAG